AUGCUAGCCUACGAGCUCGAUCUUCCCAUCGGACUGAAUAUCCCGCUCACCGUCCUAAGUGCCUUCCUUGCGGUCUUCUUCACCUUCGUCGCCCUUGCAUCAGAUCUGGCAUGGGACAGGUUUUCUAGAUAUAGAAAGAGGUCUCGUGGAAGAAGGUCUCGUGGGAGACGAAUGAAGGAAUACCUUGAUGCUGUAGAGGCUGGGAGACCUGAACUACCGCAUCGAGGAAGUUCUGAACCUUUGGUUGUUCAGAGCCGACGUACUUCCAGCGACUUGCCGUCGAAUAAUCUUGGAACACCUCGCUCCUCCAGUCCCACGCGUCUACGUCUACAGAUGCAAGAGGGCUCUCCUGCGCCAAUACUUUCGCAUAGACCGAGCUUGUCUCAACGAGCUUCAAGCUCAUCACAUAAGCACUUCGAUGGCCUCGACCCUGCACCUACCUUUCUAGGCACUGCUAUCAACCCACCAUUACUUGGAGAUGAUGUUGGUGAGGAAGACAAGGAUUAUGAUGAUGAUGCCUACGGCACUGAGACAUCCAGUGAUUAUACCUAUUUGCGAAGGUAUUCCGACACAACACUAAGUACGGAGGCCAGUUCAUUUGGUCUUGGUCUGCUUAAUAGUACAAAGACCUGGAAACCCGGUCCUGCAAGGGCAGCAAAUCCGAUCUUGAUGAUGCUUACAGGAUUAUGGCACGGCAUCACACUCAAGAACAUUGCGAAGGGCUUCUUCUGGUCUCUUGCUAUUACUAGCAUGCACUAUGCUGGUAUUCUGGCUUUGAAAGUUCCCGAGGGAUGGUGUACCCUGCACCCUGCUCUGGUGCUUCUGUCAGCCAUAAUAUCAUGGGUAGUCUGCACUGUAGGCUGUAUCCUGAUGUCGCAGAUGGAGAGCUAUUUGAUACAGCAGAUCAUGUUUGCUGUGGUGGCCACUACUGGUGUGGCAGCCAUGCAUUUUACCGGCAUGUCCGCCGCUCGCUUCUGGACUAAUGCUGAACCACAAGAGAAGAGAGGUUAUCCCACAGUGCAUUCUGCCACGAUCGCUCGCAACAAGCUUACCGAUAUCAUCAGAACUCGCCGCAAACUAUGGGCUGCCCUAGCACAGAAAGAGCAUGCUGAAGCGGCAGCCCAAGCAAGGUCAGAGUUCAUUGCUUCUGCUUCACAUGAGAUUCGGACGCCUCUACAUCAACUGCAAGGUUAUGGCGAUCUUUUGUCUCGAGAACACUUGACGGAGGAAGGUCGAGUCCUGCUUCGUGCCAUCCAAGAUGCUACUAAGACGUUGUCACUGAUCACAAACAACGUGUUGGACUGGUCCAGGUUGGAGAAGGGAGAAGCUGCACAUAGACCUACGUUUCUCCAGAUUCGAGAUGUCAUAGACUCGGUCAUUGGACUAUUGCCAAUUAGGCAUGAAGAAAGCGAGGUUGAGAUUCUGGUUGCCGUUGCACCAGAAGUGCCAUCGUCGAUAUUUAUGGAUGAGUUGAGCCUGACACGAAUAAUACUCAAUCUACUCUCCAAUGCUUGCAAAUUCACGACACACGGUUAUGUACUGCUUACGGUCACUAACAAGAAUGACGACCUGAUUAUCUCGGUCGAGGACACCGGUUGUGGUGUACCUGCAAGUUUUCUUCCUCAAUUGUUCGAGCCCUACAAGCAAGCACAGACAAGAGGUGCAGAAAGAGGCACUGGACUCGGCCUCAGCAUUGUCAAGCAGCUGCUAGCUAAAAUGCGUGGAACAAUACAUGUGGACAGCAAGUAUCGAGAAGAUCCAGGUGUUGGCCCGGAAAAGCAAGGUAGUAUUUUUACUGUUACUAUCCCAUUGAUGGAAACCUCUUCUGGUAUUGACGAUCAUCCUCGAAAGGACGAUGGUACGCAAAUAGCUAUAUUCGAAGAGGACAACGUUCGACUAGUUGAGGGGCUCACCAAAGCUUGGGCUGCAUUUGGAGUUGAGGUCAAGACCGUCGGCCUACAAGAGUUGUCAAGACAGAUCAAGUACAUCUGGGCGAGCGCUCCAACUUUAGCUCAUAAACCAGAGCUACUGCGUCAUCUGUCUUCGCAAUCAAAGUGGUUAACUUUUGUGCCGUACGACAACGAGAAUAGUCUCUAUCAAGUGCUUGGAUCACGCCUGGCCCCUCAUAUCAUGCCUAUCAAACGACCUCUGGUAUGGCACCGAAUCAUGAAGAGCAUCGAAGAUAUUGGCGAUAUGCCUUUCAAAGCCGAGGUUGGGAAGCCAUCAGUGAGGUUUGCAGAAGAUGUUGAGAUAAUGAAUGGUGAACCAACCUCGUCCUUCGACGUCCUAUCCCCGACCAGCUCAAACGCUACCAUCUCCGAAAAAGCUGUCGCAGUAACAGAAGAUGCAAAAAAGUCGUUCACAAUUAUGCUCGUUGAGGACAACAAGAUCAACCAAAAGCUGGGAGUAAAGAUGGUACAAAAAUGCGGCUACGAUGUGAUUGUCGCGAACGAUGGUCAGGAGGCGAUCGAUCUGCUUAUAGAACACGAUUCGGAUAUUGACUUAAUACUAAUGGAUCAGAGCAUGCCUCGCAAGGAUGGCCUUCAGGCCACAAAAGAAAUAAGAGAAAUGGAAGAGCAAGGCAAAUUAGAAGGCAGCCGCAAGUUCCGUGGCACAACAAAAGGACGUCGGCGUGUGAUUAUUGCUGUCACGGCAGUCGUGGGGCCUUCACAUGAACAAAAGUGUAUAGCGGCAGGUACGGAUGCGUUCCUGCCGAAGCCGCUGAGUCUUGGAAAGUUGAGAGAGACGCUCACAUAUUGGUUUGAUAUCACUGACGGACAGCGAAAUGGCAUAUAA